AUGGCCGGCGGCUAUAACCCCACCGAUCCUGCUCAGUGCCAGCACUAUGCCGCUUUCGCUUCUCAAUUAGGCAGGCGAACGUUCGAUGCUAUUUACUGGAUUCUAUUCAUUCUUGUUAUCAUGAUGCUGUUUCUAGCUGCUGAUUUGGAAAAAGCGUCCACGGUCGAACCCGACUCUCGCGAACACAGGCACAGGAUGAAGAGGUGUAUGUUUGUGUGCACCAUAUACGCAACCAUAUCUGUCACGUCGGUCGUCAUGGAAGUCUUCAUGUUGAUGGCGCUCCAGUUCUGUGAUGGCGAGGACCUCAUGUCACUAUACUGGUCAACGUGGACGAUGAUGCAGGUCGGCUCGUUGAUCGCCAUCUUUGGCAUCCUGCUUGCCGUCUUCAACUCUCUCCGCGGGAACAAGAACCCGCCCUGGGCUCUGGCUCUCGGGACUCCCGUUCUAGUCGUCGCCGGACUCGGCCACGCAGUCCACGUAGCCAUGCGAAAGCGCGUGAAGAGAGUCAGGUCAAGAAGCACAGGCAGGCAAAGGGGCCUGUCAGAGGCCAGCAGCUACACCAUAAACCAAACGGACAGGGUUUUGACGAACGGCCUUCCUAUGAGUCGGGAGAAUACCAUCCUCGGCGAGGAGAGCGAGAAGGAGGACGCCGAGUUCAAGGCUACGCUGAUCGGCUACACGCCCGACGGCUCGCCAAUCCUGCGCUUCCUGGAAGACCCGGGCACUUUCACGCCGGAGAGGGGCAAUGUUCUCGGCCGCCGAGAGGACGGGCAAGUCAUUGUCGCGUUCCGCAAAUCCAUGACGGCCGUUUUCGAAAAAGACUUGCAUCCCCGGGCCGACUCGCCGCCAGCAACUCUGCAGGUUCCCCAAAAUUCGCGGCCGGCCAUCAUACGGAUAGCUGUGCCUGAGACAUCGCCCGUUUGA